AUGGUGAAACCCGCGGAAGAUGAAAGGUUAACGAUUCUUCAGAGCCUUUUCUGUGGAGGAAUCGCAGGCGUGCUUUCAAGGACUCUCACAUCCCCUCUCGAAGUUGUCAAAGUUUUGGCGCAAGUUGGAACACCGGAAACGCGCUUAGGUUUUGUCAGAUCAUUUGGUAGAAUUUACCAGAGCGAAGGUCUGAAGGCUUUCUGGAAGGGUAACGGUAUCUCAUGCCUGCGUCUCGUGCCUUACAGUGCUGUUCAAUUGGCGGCCUUUCAUAAAAUGCUGGUAAGCUUAUUACCUAUUAAAAACUGGUUAGUCCAACAGUGAAAUUUUUGUGAUGAUAGACGUGUUUAUUUUGCAGGCCCUGCUGGAAGAUCCGCUUACCCCAGGAAAUCUCAAUGGUACCUACUCGAUGGCGGCAGGAUCAGGAAGUGCCCUUAUUGCAGCAUUUUUAGUGUAUCCAGCAGAUAUGCUUAAAACCAGACUUAUUGUCCAGAAUGUCAAUCCUUCAAAAUCACAUUAUCGUGGCAUAGUUCAUGGCUUCAGAAAAGUUUGGAAAGCAGAAGGAUUCCUAGCAUUGUACAAAGGCUUGUUGCCAACAUUCCUGGGUGAGUGUUUUCGCUCCUCGAGGAACACAGGGCCAAGUCAACAACAAUGCUUGUUGUUGUAUGUAGUGUCUAGAAAACAUGGCAUUUUUUUAGGCCUUCCCCAUAGCAUGUUUUGUUUCCUAUCGCCCAACCAACCUAUUUGGGAUCAUGUGUCUUAUACAGGGUCAGUGACCGAUAUACGGGUAUCAGCCGACAUCUGGGUUGACUGUCAGUCGACAUAUCGGUCUCUAUUUUUGUCAAGCGUCGGUUGAGUCUUGGAUAAGUCUUGGUCAAGUCUCAGCCAGGUCUUGAAUGAGUCUCGACAGAGAGUCAGCCGUGACAUGUUGGUCUGUAUAUUGACUAACUCUUGCCAGACUCAGCACUCGACCAUACUCAAGCAGUAUAGCGACCGAUAUGUUGACCAACAGACAACUAAGGUGUCAGCCGAUACAUGAAAAUAGCCCAGAAUUUUGUAACUGAUCAAUCUGGUAUCUGAUGCAGCUGACAUGUGUAAUGAGCAGUAGUGUCCACCAUGUGUCAGUUGACAGUUACCUUGUAACAAAGGGAAAAGCCUUAAAGAUGAGGUUGGAAAAACAAGUUGUACAGGUUAUGUCAUUGACAACCAAUACACCACUGAUACCUUACCAAUUCUUGACUGACGGUUCCCUGAUACAUUGCCGACACACUACCGAUGCUAUCACAACCGACUGUCAGUCGAUCUGUAGACCAAUAGUUGACCAACAGUGAAAUGCCACUCGGCUGAUAUGUCGACCAAGCUCCAGUUGUUGAAAAGAUAGAUAGUGCUAUCCACUGGAUAAAUCGCUAUCCAGCGGAUAACGCACUUACUACUUAUCCGCUGGAUAGCAAUUUAUCUGGUGGAUAGUGCUAUCCAAAUUUUGAACAACUGGGGCCAACUCUCCACUGACAGUCAUCCCACAUUCAACCAACACUCGACUGAUAUAGCUACUGAUAUGUCAACUGACAUUCAACUGAAAUAUUGGCUGAUACGUCAGUCGACAGCCCCUACAAGACACGUGGUCUCCCAUUUGCUUAGAAAAUUAAACAACAAACCAGAUACAUACUAGUCUAAUAAGCAUAAUUAUUUCACUUUCUAACCAUAGUGAAGCAAGAGCACAAAACAGUCUGAAAGUACCUACAAAGCAUGGUAAAAUCGUGCCUCCCUACUUUGCAUCCUGGCUUUUCCUGGACUCACGCCCCUUUGGUUACUUUUCUUUUCUUUUUUUCCAAAGACUGACUGACCCACCUUCAUGAAAGAGAAGGCGACAGGAAAUGAGAUGUUUUGUGAGGAUGGCCGUACAAUAGAGUUUCAAUAUCAUGGGCUGCAGAGGCAGGUCCUCUGAUUUUUUAUUGGAGGGGCCAAAAAGAAAAACUUUUGCUAAAUGUUGGAACGGUUUUACAGCCAACCACUUUAAGCUUUUUUUGCCACUACACAUUAUUUUCUAGUAAGCCAAUCUUGGUAGACUUCAACUUCCAAAGCAAAUAGGUUUUAAUUUAUUAAAAAUUUAUUUGGUCUGAUGAGUGUAUUUUUGUGGCUUUUGAACCCCAGCAAUUUCACCCUUGACUCUUCACUGGGUUGAAAUGAUAUCUAGACUAACUUUUCUUUUUGAUUAAACAUUUCUUUAAACAGUGCUAACAGAGCUAACAUCUUCAUUUCAGGUGUGAUACCAUUUGCUGGAGGCUCGUAUUUGGCAUACAGUCUUUUAGACAGUUCCAUAGCUAAGCCUCCAGGAGACCAGCUAACUCCUGUUUACAUGUUUGUUAGUGGAUGCCUGGCUGCUGCUUUUGCAAAGGUUACUUAUUUGCUUGUUACUUGUGUACACAAAUCUUGUAGGCAGUGAGGAAGUUUUUGCCUGUCAACAAAUUUUCAUACAUCAGCAGCUUUUUUAAUUUGCCACUGAAUGAUCAGAACACAUACAAAGUGGCUAAGCCAGGUCUGAAAGCACCUACAGUAGGUAGUGCUCAAUUACAUAUUAGGGAGCGUAAGCAACUACGAUGGUGAUGGCAACGAGAACAGCAAAAAAGCGAUAGUUUUAGUUUAGCAAAACAACAACUUUGCACAAGCAUCAUGCUUUUUCAUACAUUUCUUUGCCAUUGUUGCAAACUACGACUUGAAACUGCCUAAUUUCACGUUUUGUGGAGGACGUGAAGAGAAGACAACGACCCUCCUUUUCUUUUCCUGAACUUUGAUAUAGUCCUUUAGUCCCAAAAAUUCACCAACAUUUGACGAAAUGAAUGAGAUGGAAGAAGCGCGGUAAAGUUUGAAGCAGCUUGAACACACCUUUUAAGUGAUGUUUUCGUAGCCAUUGUUGUUGCAUAAGCUCCCUAUUAUCUAAUGGAGUUCUAAUAAGAAAGAGUGCACUCCCUGAUCGAGCACCCCUUCCCUCUUGGGAGUUGCCUUAAAGGAUCCUGAGGUAACAAAUACCAAAUCUUCAGUGACGCAGCUAAUCACAACAAGAUUUUUAUCGCCUGUCCACAUUGAGGUUUGCUACAACCAUAUGUACCAACCAGGAUCCUACAAUCAGAGUAUCUGUAUCUGUAAAGGUAGUUACUUAAGACCUAAGGUCUUUCCCUUAGUUGAACGUACCCUACUCUUCCUAUUCUUCUUCUUCUUAUUGUUGUUGUUGUUCUUGUCAUUAUGUAUGGGUAAGAUCAUUGCAGAGUUCACAAGAGGAAAGGAAGAGACCCUGAGCUUUUUCUAGGCAAUCAGAAUAGUAGCCUGUUCUUGGCUCUCAGACACUAGGCAGAGUAGGCAUGGCGUAUAAGUGAAAAGCAUGCAAAAAUAUGAGCAUGUGAUCUGGGAAAAGGGAGUUGUUUUAUUUUCGUGUUAGUGCUUUUUCAAUUUUGCUGACCCUACCAUCUCAGAGCCUGGAACAGGCUAAUCAGAAUAGGGAAUCUUGAUGCUUCAGGAACUGGUUUUGGUGAAGAGUAGGCACUGACGGAAUAUGCCAUUUUUCCAAUAAACUAAACCUGCAAUCCAGGUGAGAUCAUCCCCUUCUGGGUCUCCAAGAAAGCUGAAAUAACCAAUCUGUCACACUGCAUUUAUGUGUCAAAAGUAAAUAAUUAUGGUUAUGUCACUUAAGUUUGAAUUUUUUCUUUUGCAGACCUUGUCGUUUCCUUUUGAUACAAUAAGAAAGAAAAUGCAGGUUAGUUUCAAGCAUGCUCUUGGAUUCAAUGUGUGGGCAAGAAAAGGUUUACAGUGUGCUGUUUGACAAUUAAUUAAUGUUAGGUGGGCAAAGUUUCCCAGUAUAUUAAUUUUAAAGGUCAUUUGAAAUAGUCAAAAGCUUUCAGAACAAAAGUGCUCCUCACUCUGACUGAAAGUACUGGCCUAUGGGAAACAGUAAACACCAGCAUAUAUGAACCUGGGGAUUUAAAGAACCUCAUUUUUUGCCAUUUUAAUACCCAAAAAUACAAGAUCCUCUCCACCCAGGCAAGAUCAAGUAGGUUCUUAUAUGUGGGUUAUUGUGAUAAACAUUUUAAACAAGGAGUGUAACUUGAGAUUGUAUAUUUAAGUAUAAUGAGAACAUACUAUACCGAACUGCAUAUAAAUUACAUAAUCAGUUUUGUUACACCUAUCAUAGUACAAUUGUGAAUAAAUAAUCUUCUUCAUAAAAAUUAAGAACCUACUUAGCCUAAAUUGGCAAUAAAUACCUCAAAGUACAAGAACCUAUUUUGCCAGACUUCAAAAAAAAAGUAGGUGCUUAUAUGCACGUGUUUACUCUAUCCUACAGAAUGCAAUUUUUUUCCUCAAAUGGUGUCCAUGUUACAGGUCAAAAUUGAAUUCAGGUUAAAAUUUUUUAACAUAAGUUGAUUCUCAAUUUUCUUUGUCUCCUUAACCCUAAAUAUCCAUGGAUAAUUAGAGCUAGGAGACAAUGGAAAUUUAGAAUCAACCCAGGUUACAAAAUUUUAACCUGAAUUCAAUUUUGACCUGUAACAUCCACCUUUAAUUUUUCCAGGCCGGGGGAAGGGGGUACUCGCAGAAAAAUUGGGUAGGGGUGUGCGCCCGCUUCCCAAAACCCUUACCCUAUUUAUGACCAAAAUCUGCGAUUUUCCCUACCCUAUUUAUGACCUAACCAAAAAUUUGAUACCCUAUUUAUGACCUGACCCUUAAAUCAAUACCCUGUUUCAGACCUGCCUUAUAAUUAUUUCCCUAGUUCAGACCAAUGUUAAAGGCAAUGUUUAUCUGCUUUUAUUAGGUUAGGGGGACAUGAUAAGGAAGUAGCUUCUUCUAAAAGGUGCAUUCAAGACUACAGUGCAAAAAAUCGUUACCCUAUUUAUGACAAAUGGCGGCAAAAUAGCCAAAAUCGAUACCCAAUUUAUGACCAAAACGGCUGAAAACCCUACCCUCUGGGGCCGCACAUACCUAUAUAGCCCAUAUUAGGGAGUACCCCCGGGAUUCCGGGGCAAAGUUCUUAAAUGCAAGUCACGUGCCACCCAACCCCAGGAGUUACAUAACUAUGUUAAAAGCAACUUUGUUACCAUAAAUCUUCGCUCUCGAGCUUUUCAUAUUUUAGGUUUGACAGAAUUUUCUUAAAACUGUCAAUACAAUAGAUACUUAAGAAUAUAUUUUUGUUGUUUGGUUGAAAACUUGUGAUUUGCAAAAUGUAUUGUAGCAAAUUACUUAUCAGUGGUAGAAGUAAAAGCUAACUUGGAUUUGUGUGGCAGGCAAGAAGUAAAAGUCUUCCAAAUCAAGGUGGUGUUGAUAUCCAGUUCAAAGGAAUGACCAGUGCUUUCGUUCAAACAGUGAAAAUAAAUGGGGUUACUGGCUUGUGGAGAGGACUAACAGCUAACCUUUUAAAGGUGGACAUUUUUAUGUAUUUUAAUUUGUUUGGUUUUGCAUGGUGCAUGAGAAUAAUAAAAACUGUUUGGCCUAAGAAUUCUGCCAACCAAACAUGAUGUAUCUGCCAAGGAAAGAUCCAAUAUCAUUUCCAUCAACCACACUUCAAACUUACACAUUCUUUUGGUGUCAGCUUUGCUAGCCUGCAAGGAAGUUGGCUGUCAUUUGUAGGGAUGUCAUGAGAAGUCACACACACAAGCAGCUAACGCUUAAACCUCACUUGCAUGUUCCCUCACAGCUUACUUCACUCACCACUCAAAAUGGAGAGCAUGCUCGUAGACUAUAGCCUCCCUUGCAGAUGUUUUUAGGGCUUUGUCAGACGUUCCUUCCCCAUGUUCAUUGGGGAGGAUUGCAUGACAAGCCAAAAGAAUCUCGGUGUGGGAGACUACACAGGCUUAAGGUUUUUCCACCUUCUGCCUACUCAUCAAGUGUAUACCAAAAAUCAAUGAUGGAUACCAUUAUUCAGUUUUGAGUACUCUCUUUCCUCACAUUUCAAUUCAGAUUUUCAAACAGUCUUCUUGAAGUACCAGUAGGUGAGGAUAUUAGAGACCUUAAGAUCCGAUGACAGUGACAGCAACAAGAAUGUCAAAAAAGCAAUAGGUUUAAUAACCAAAACAACAAUUUUGCAUUUGCAUCACACUUUUUGUACACAACUACAAUGUGAAAAUGCCUCAUUUCACGUUUUACAGAGGAAGUAUACAAGCGACAACAAAAUUUCCUCUCUCUUUCCGAACUUGGAUAUGGUUCUUAGGAAUUCAGCUUUAGGAGGGUUCACCUACAUUUGACAAAGUUAGUGACUUGGAGUAAUCGCAAUGAAGAUUGAAGGAAUGCAAAUUCACUUUUUCAGUGACCGUCCUCGGAGCUUAAGGUCCCUAUUUUCAGGAAAUGCACUGUACAAUCCCCUUUGCUAGCACUUAAACCUCUUGUGCAAAUUAGUAAGUGAAACCUCAACAGGCAGCUGGUUUGCUGCUUGCAGGCUAAUGUCAUACCGAAAUUGUCAUUUUAGACAAAAUUCAUGAGUAAGUUGCUCUUUUCUUUCUCUUAUUUACAGAUUGCCCCAAAUGCUGGGAUCAUGUUCCUCUCAUUUGAGUACACCAAAAGAGUAUUUCUAUUCUACAAUGGUUACACUGAGUCACCAUUUUCAAAUGUUCCAAAAUCUCAUGUAGAUCAGAGCAUGUCCCCAAAUGAACUAAGCCAUCAUUUUGCAAAGAAGAAAGGACCCAGGAGAUGACAAUAAUAUUAUUCAGCUCAAAGUGGAAAAUAUCAUCAGGG